AUGGCUGGAGAAGCAUUUGACACCACUUAUUUUCAGACCAGAAAGACCUUUGGGGAGUAUUUCAAUAAUGAUGGCAAGCUUCACAUACAAGUUGAAGAGAUCCGAGGUUUGGAAAAGGCUCUUGAAUCCUACAAAGUGGUUGGCAAUGACGAACUAUCUAUGUGCACUUCGUUUUUGCAGUUGAUGCUGAGAUUACAGCCGUCGGAUAGAGCAGGUGCAGCAGAUCUCUUGGAACAUGAGUGGUUGAAAGUCUAA